UUGCAAAUGCUAAUCGCAGAAGUGAAAGGGCGUGUAAAGAUGGCGUCAGUUGCUGCACUCUCGUCUAUCCACGUUCAUCACCUCAUCUUCUCCAAACCAUCUCUCUCUCUUCUUAGACCUCUCCGUACACUCCCUCGAAUCUCUUGCUCUUCUUCUCUUCGAUUCAACAUCUCCUUCGCCCCUUCAAAACCCAAACCAAAUCCUCCAUUCCAAUUGGACUUCCCCAACCACCACGCUGACGAUGACGAUGACGAUGGCGUUGUAGCCGACUCUUUUUCUGGCACUGGUCAGCUUUUCAUUCCCUGGAUUGUCCGUGGUGAGGAUGGCAAUCUCAAACUUCAGUCUCAUCCACCUGCGCGUCUCAUCCAUGCUCUCGCCGAUGCUAAUACGCAGAAUGCCAAGAAGAAGAAGAAGAAACAAAGCAAGGAGAAGCUGAUGAAGGAGAGCAGCGUGCUGGCCAACCCAGCAGGAGAACGGAAUCUGUCCAAGGCUGCGCGGAGGUUUUACAAUGAGAAUUUCAGACAGCCUCCGCAGCGUCUCAGUAAGGUUCUCGCUGCUGCUGGAGUGGCAUCAAGAAGGAACAGUGAAGAGCUAAUUUUUGAAGGCAAGGUGACUGUCAAUGGUUCCGUGUGCAACAUUCCUCAGACUCGAGUUGAUCCUGCAAGGGAUGUCAUCUAUGUCAAUGGAAAUCGCCUUCCUAAGAAACUGCCCCCAAAGCUGUAUCUUGCCCUUAACAAGCCCAAAGGGUACAUUUGUUCAUCCGGGGAUAAAGAAUCUAAGUCUGUGAUGAGCCUAUUUGAUGAUUAUUUGAAGAGUUGGGAGAAGAGAAAUCAAGGGCUGCCUAAACCUCGAUUAUUUACAGUUGGCCGCCUUGAUGUUGCCACUAGUGGAUUGAUUAUCGUGACCAAUGAUGGGGAUUUUGCUCAAGCACUUGCACAUCCUUCGUUCAAGUUAUCAAAGGAAUACAUUGCAACCGUAGAAGGUGUAGUGAGCAAGCGGCAUUUAAUAGUCAUCAGUGAAGGAACUAUCAUUGAUGGUGUCCAUUGCACUCCAGAUUCUGUGGAGCUGCUACCACGGCAGCCAGAUAUAUCAAGACCCCGCCUCCGUAUAGUGGUUCAUGAAGGGAGAAAUCACGAAGUUCGAGAACUUGUGAAGAAUGCUGGAUUGGAAGUUUAUUCAUUAAAGCGUGUACGAGUUGGUGGUUAUAGACUUCCAUCAGAUCUUGGGAUUGGGAAGCAUGUUGAACUAAAACAAAAUGAUCUGAAGGCAAUGGGUUGGAAGGGUUGAAAGUAGCUGCUGCCUAAUUUCUUAGAAAAGAGGCAGUCCCUGACAGCAAGAUCAAUGAGAUGAAACACAACCUCCAGGUCUCGCGAAGAACAUGCAUGCUUUGUGGUGCAGAAUUGUUGCAUGGCCUCUGUUGUAUUGCAGGUUCAAACCAUGGACUUAUGAACUGAGCUGCUUUCCAGUUAUAGGGUUGAGGAAUAUCACUUCCAUAGCAGGCGAGUUACGUCAACCAGAGGUUGAGAAGCUUUGGCUCUAAUAAGAUGAUGUAAAUCCAUUUGUCAAAUUGGAAUUUUAUUUGAGUAUUUAUAUGUACAAUGGAAAUGUAGAUACAAAAGUAGAGGCGAACCUACUAGCGAUCAAAGUUGGCUUGAAUUCAUAUGUGUGUUUACUAUACUUGUCAUUAAGAUAAUGCAAAAGGAAAAUCAAUGGCCA